ACGCAUUCAAAUAAAUAGGAUCCGUUUGGCAGUUUCUUAAUUAUUGAAUCGUGAAAAUAGAAAGCCAACAUGUCUUUCCUUAACAAGACCUACACUUUUGUCAAGCAAGAAAACUUGGAUGAGUUCCUGAAAUCUGUCGGUUUUCCCGACGAUAAGAUUGAGAAGGCCUUAAAAUUCACUCCAGACCAAAAGGUAACAAAAGAUGGAGACACCUACACAUUACAUACGCAAGGACUGGAAGGACCAAAAGAAACAAAAUUCAAGUCUGGAGUAGAAUUCGACGAUGUUAUUGGCUUUGACAAGACUCCCGCUAAGGUCACAAUUGUCGUUGAUGGCAACACAAUCACUCAAACAUUCAAGACUGACAAAGGCAACGGUACAUUCAAGAGGGAGUAUGUUGGUGAUCAGCUUAUUAUUGUAAGUAAUAUUCAUAAAUCUAAAUUAGAUACUAAUUGUAAGAGAUCAGAUGUACAUAUAACAGAAAAUCCUGUUAUGCAUAGGUACGACUUAUAACUCAAGAAUCGCUGA